CUUCUCUUUCCACGCUAUUUCGUUGACGUUACACUUAACGUUUUAUUUUCUAGAGGCAGAUUUAUAUUGAAUUAUAUUUAUUCAAUAUAUUAUUAUUUUUUUCAAAAUUUUCAUCAUUUUCCUUUGAGUUUUUCAUAACUUCUUGAAGAAAAUGGCAGACAGUGAUGAUGAAUACGAUAGAAAAAGGAGAGAUAAAUUUCGAGGAGAAAGAGCUGAAGUAAGCUAUAGGGGAGCUGAAAGAGUAUCUAGACCUAGAGACGAUUGGAGUGAAAGAGAUUCAUGGUCCCGCCCUAGACCAAGAGAUUAUAGAGGCGGUGGUGUUAGAGACAGAGGGUAUUCCCCCAGUAUGGAACCAGCUCCAAAGCGUAUGCGACAUGAUUAUUAUGGUGAAAGUUACUAUGGGCAUUAUGGACAGUAUCAUCAACCUUCUCAUAGAGCUGCUAAUUUCUUCAGAGAACCAGUUUCUUCACAAAGUGAAGGUUCCACCCCUCCAAUGAUGUCAUUUAAGGCUUUCUUAGCAACACAGGAUGAUAAUAUUUCUGAGAGUGAAGCAAUUGAAAAAUAUAAUGACUACAAACUGGAAUUCCAAAGGCAACAGCUGAAUGAGUUCUUUGUUGCACACAAAGAUGAUGAAUGGUUCCGUUUGAAGUACCAUCCCGAAGAUUCUGUGAAACGUAAAGAAGAGCAGAUGGCUGCACUUAAGAAAAGGGUGGAAGUAUUUUUGGAUUUGUACAACUCUGGCAAAUUGGAGGGGAUUACAGUUGAUUGUUGCAAAACUAAUCAAUUAUUACAACUUAUGGAUACUGUAGUAAUCAAACUUGAAGGUGGUACAGAUGAAGAUUUAGCAACACUUGAACAAGAGUAUAUUGAAUUAGAAGAAAAAUCAAAAGAGCAACAGAAAGUGCGAGAUGAGAUCUUGGAUAAAAAAACUGAAAAACCUGUGGAACCGAAAAAAGAUGAACCUGAGGAUAAAACCGAAACUGAAGUGAAUGAGGUGAAUCAGAAAACUGAUGAGGAGGAAAAUGGUGAAAUAUUAGAAGAGAAGCCAUUAGAAGAAUUAAGUGAAAAUAAAAAAGAGGAUGAAAAAAUGGAAACUACAGUUGAAACCAAUGAAACAAUGGAAGUUGAGAAAGAUGAUCAGGAAACAUCGGAAAAUGAUAAGCCCAAUGUUGAUGAAAGUAAUGAAGUUGAUAAGAAGGAAGAAAAACCGGAUACAAAGAAAGAGAAAAAAAGGAAACGUUCAAGGUCAUAUUCUGGAAGUAGCAGUAGUUCAAGUAGCAGCAGUAGUGAAAGUGAGGACGAGAAAGAAAAAGUGGAAGAAACAACAGAAAAGAAGGAGGAGAAAGAUAACAAUGAACAGGUUAAAGAAGAAGAGAAGGUAGAAACUAUUGAAGAGGAUAAACCAGAAAAACCUAAAGCUCUUCAUAAAACGACAUCAAUAUUUCUAAGAAAUUUGGCACCAACUAUAACUAAACAAGAAGUGGAAGCUAUAUGUGCCAGAUAUGCUGGUUUCCUUCGUGUAGCGCUUGCUGAACCACAACCUGAACGAAGGUGGCUACGUCGUGGAUGGGUCACUUUCAAACGGGAUGCUAAUAUCAAGGAAAUUUGUUGGAAUUUAAAUAACAUUAGGCUUCGAGAUUGUGAACUUGGUGCAAUUGUCAAUAGAGAUUUAAGUAGAAGAAUCAGAGCUGUCAAUGGUAUUACUGCUCAUAAGCAAGUAGUCAGAUCCGACAUAAACAUUGCUUCCCGAGUUAUUCUUCAUAUGGACACAAAAGCAGGAUUGUGGCUGGAAGGAGCUAGUAAAGAUGGUGAAAAAAAUGAAUUGUCUUUUGGAUUAAAGUCAAAUAACCCUGUUUUACAUAAUAUAACUGACUACCUCAUCGAGGAAGCUAGCGCCGAAGAAGAAGAAUUAUUAGGAUUAGAACCAUGUGCAGAUAAUCAUGAAUCAACUAUUGUUGAUAGAGAUGACACAUUACUGGGCGUUCUUGACAAAAUUAUUCUCUAUUUGAGAAUUGUUCAUUCCGUUGACUAUUACAAUCAUUGUGAAUAUCCCAAUGAAGAUGAAAUGCCAAAUCGUUGUGGAAUUUUACAUGCUAGAGGACCAGCACCGACUGCUAAGACAGAUAUGACACUCUUCAUUGGUGAACCAAUAGAAAAUAAAAUGUCCAAUUUUUUGCCAGAGAAAAAGAAAGAGGAAAGCAAGAAUGAAGCUAAACUUAUACAACUCAGUCUCAAAGAUCAGGAUACAGAAAUUGACAAAUUUAUUCAGGCCAAUACAAGGGAAUUGGCAAAAGAUAAGUGGUUAUGUCCUUUGUCUGGAAAGAAAUUCAAAGGACCAGAUUUUGUCCGUAAACAUAUUUUCAACAAACAUGGAGAGAAAAUUGAAGAAGUAAAAAAGGAAGUAGACUUCUUUAAUAAUUAUUUAAGGGACCCGAAGAGACCUAUGUUAACAGACGCCCCUCAAUCGAAAAGAGAGGAAAUUCAGGCUCCUUAUAGCCAUCCAAAUUACAGUGGACCAGGUUAUGGAGGCGGUUAUGGACGUCCACAGCCUUAUAACAAUUACUAUGCCCCAAGAGCCAGAGGAUAUGCUCCUAGAACAAGAGGAGCGCCAUCCGAUUUCAGACCUGUAAUUCAUUAUAGAGAUUUGGAUGCACCUAGGGAGCCAGAAGAAUUCAUAUAAUUGCUAUUGAUAAAAUUGAAUUUUUUAAUUCCAGUUGAGAUAUUUCUUUAUGUGUGUUGAAUAAAAUGUAUGUUUUUCUCA